AUGAUCCUCUCGUGCGUCGUUCUCACGCUCGGCUUGUGGCAACUGCUGCCGUACUACGAGAUGGUCAGCGUCGGCGGCGUCAUGCUCUUUGUGUGGUUCUUUGAAAUCGGUCUCGGCCCGAUCCCGUGGCUGAUCGUCGCCGAAAUGUUUCCCGCCAAGCCGCGCCCGACCGCGAUGGCGCUCGCGACCAUGGUCAACUGGCUCUUUAGCUUUGUGAUUGGCAUUACGUUCCCGAUGCUCCAGAACCACUUGCUCGAAAACUCGUUUGUGCCGUUUGGCAUUGCGCUCGUCCUCGCCUUCAUCUUUACGUUCAAGUACGUGCCCGAGACCAAGGGCAAGACGCUCGAAGAGAUCCAGCAGGACAUGGCGCACAUGUAG